AUGCCUUUUGUUGAGGAAAUCAACUCGAAGACGCACAGCUCAGAUGUCUAUUUUACAAGUGUGAAUGCUGCUGGGCCCUCUGGUAGGAACAGAAUAACAAAGACUACUACUGCAUCUGGUGUGAGAAACAAUAAGCGGGUCAACUACUCACUUUCAGAUUUGGAAGCCAAGAUUUACGCACAGAAGAACGGAAAUGAGGGAGAUUCACAAAAUUCCAAUUUCAUCACCACAACUAAUACAGCACUGGAACGGUAUUCGCCGCAAGAGUUACUAAAAUCGCGCCGCAGAUUCAUGGAACUUGAUACGGAAAACGUACAGGAUAUCAAGGACGUCUCAUAUUUGAUGAGCAGCGUCACCGGAAUAAGUAAAGACCGCAUCGACUCCAGUAGCGGAUCAGGCUCCGGCGGCGGUUCCACACCGAACGUCAACAGGUCUAGCCGAAAUAAAUUCGAGCUUCCCAAGAACAUGGAGCUCAUGUACAGAUCUACGAAGCCGCCCGUCGUUAAAAAGAAAAAUACCAAUCGUGUCGUGGCAUUGAAAAAGACCUUGGCAUCUAAAAGACCCCUCACAAGCUACCUCGAUGCUCUGGACCAGGUUAACAGAAGUAUCAUCUAUCACAAUGUCUACAAUAAGAAGUUUUUCAAGGUACUGCCCGUAAUAACCAUUUGCUCUAUAUGUGGCGGUUACAACAGUAUUUCGGGGUGUGUCAACUGCGGGAAUAAAAUUUGUAGCCUUCGAUGCUUCAACCUCCAUAAUGAUACAAGAUGCAAUAGCUGA